AUGUUCGUCCCGUUGCUUCUCAGCGCCGCCGUAGCGGCAGCUGUACCGACAGUCAUUGAGCGCGACAGCUCGCCAGUUUCGGUGAACCAAGAUGCUCCUGAUACCGCUGGCGCUGCUAUUCUGCAUCCAUUUGUCUCGUUCUCGAUCGAGCUUGCGUUCUUCCCAGACUAUGCAGGUAACUUGUCCAAGCCCAAUAAAUUCUCAAACCAGCUGUUGGACAAUCUUGGGGAUCUUCAAGGCGUCAAGCCGUACCUUCGUGUCGGAGGUAAUACCCAAGAUCUCGCCCUCUACGAUCCAACACUGAAGACUUCGGUCAAUGGAACUGUUGUGCCGACUGUUUCCGAAGACUACCCGUAUAUUUUGUAUAUAGGACCCUCCUUCUUCGAGUCAUACUCUACCCUCCCUGGAACCAAAUUCAGCCAUGGCUUCAAUAUGGGCAAGAACACUACCGCAGCGAAGGAAUCGCUUCUUGCCACGGUCCCGCUGGCUUGCAAGGCUCUCAAGGAUGGCAAUCUGAUGCAUUGGGAAUUUGGCAACGAGCCUGAUCUGUUUAGUACGACCACUCCGUACCCCGUGCGACCCGCUGAUUGGUCAGAACAAGACUAUGUCGACAAUUGGCUGUCCGGGACUGAGAUGAUCAAGCGGAAGAUGGCAAAGAGCUGUCCGGGAAUGGCUUUGGAUGAUAUAUACAAGUUCAUUGCGCCCUCCUUUGCGGGUAUUGGCAAUUCAUUGGAUCCGGUCAAGACAUGGGAAGACGGACUCGAUUCGGACAAGGAUAUUGCUCUGAACUCGGUCCACAACUACAUGGGCGGUGCAGAUCAACCAGGCGUCACGCUCCAAAGGACGCUGAUGAACCACACCGCAGUCGUCAACGUUGUCGCAAAGCAUGCAAACCUGUCGCAUGUUCUAAGCGAAAAGGGUCUAACCAGGGAGAUACCCUAUAUCUUAGGCGAAAUGAACUCACUCUACCACCAAGGCAAGCCGGGACUCUCCAACUCGUUCGGCGCAGCACUCUGGGGCGUGGACUUUAAUCUCUACUGCGCCUCGCAAAGUAUCCGUCGGACUCACAUGCACCAGGGAACAGACUAUCGAUACGCGUCGUGGCAACCCGUUCAAACCAGCAAAACAACGAUCGGCACUAAGGCACCAUACUACGGCAAUAUCAUGGUGGCCGCCAUGCUGCGCGGCGAGACCGACUCCACCGUCCAGGUCGUCAAUCUGCCCAUGCCAAGCGAGACCGAUGCCGCUUACGCAGCGUAUGUGGACGGAAAAUUGACCCGCAUUGCGGUGAUCAACAUGCAAGAGUUCAACUACACCGCGGCGGAGUCCCGCCCCUCGGCCAAAUAUUCCUUCCACCUGCCCGACGUCCCGGCCGCAUCCUUAUCGCUGCAGCGGUUGAUGGCAAAUGGAAGCGACGCCAUCACUGGUAUCUCUUGGGAUGGUUGGUCAUAUAAUUACGAGUUGAAAGGGGGUGCGCCCGUGCGAAUGCGUAAUGUGACGAUUGGUGAGACGGUGUCGGUGGGUUCAAAGGGCCAGGUAGAACUGGGCCUGCCCCUUUCUAGUGCUGCUAUCUUGAACUUCAUAUAG